AUGGCUGCGAUUCUGCGACGCUUCCUCAACAUGACCAAGGCGGCCACGGCGCCGAUUCCGAGGGACGGCGCACUAGACACCGAGGCCCUCAACCAGAUGCGGAUGGAGACGGAGACAAAUGCCUUGAUUACGGAAAUCCAGAACCUCCUCGUCAUUACGCGAGAGAUCAAGGCGCUCUGGAUCAAGGGCCCGCUGCGCAAGCCCGGCGAGGACGCCGCGCAGCAGGCCGAGCUGGACGCCAAGGCUAUGCGCGUCCAGGAGCUCUACAAUACGCUCAUGGCACAGCGGAUGGAGGGGCAGAAGCGCGACGCCGAGGCCAGGGCGCGCGGUUCGGAACAGCAAGCGGCGUGA